AUUCUGGAGGACAAUAGACAACAUGCUUGAAUCUCGCCUUCGAACGCAGGAAUAAGGCUCGUCUGUUUUUGGCAUGAUAUCCAUCAUGAGAGAGCAGGUGAAUGUGAUCCACGCUGGAGAACAGCAGAUGCUGCAGACACCAGUGAAGAUUGACUUGAAGCAGGAGGAGAUUAAAGAAGAAAACACAGCAGAGGAAAAACAGAGUGAUGAAGAUGAUGAACAGCAGAUGCUGCAGACACCAGUGAAGAUUGAAGUGAAGCAGGAGGAGAUUAAAGAAGAAAACACAACAGAGGAACAACAGAGUGAUGAAGAUGAUGAUGAACAGCAGAUGCUGCAGACACCAGUGAAGAUGUGUUCAGUGAAGCUGCUGGACUGCAGGAACCAAAUUAAGAUGAGAGGAGAAAUCAAAGUAGAGGAACAACAGAAAAAUGAAGAUGAUGAAUUUAUUCCUUCAGAGCUGUUGGAAGUGAAAGAGGAAAGUCAAGAGCUGAUUGAAGUGGAGGAGAAAUUUCAGUAUCAGAAACACCAUGAUUUCACAACUGGAGAAAACUCUUUGAGUGUCUUGAAGACUGAAAGAAAUUGCUCACCAAAAAAGCCUCAAAGAAGAACAGCCAAGAAAUCUGUCACCUGCUCUCAGUGUGGAAAGAAUUUCACAAGUAAAAGCUGGCUUAAUAUACACAUGAGAGUUCACACAGGAGAGAAACCUUUCACGUGCCAUCAGUGUGGAAAAAGUUUCACAUGUAAAGGAAAACUUAAUGUACACGUAACGAUUCACACUGGAGAGAAACCUUUCACAUGCUGUCUGUGUGGAAAGAGUUUCACAAGUAAAAGCUGGCUUAAUAUACACAUGAGAGUUCACACAGGAGAGAAACCUUUCACGUGCCAUCAGUGUGGAAAAAGUUUCACAUGUAAAGGAAAACUUAAUGUACACGUAACGAUUCACACUGGAGAGAAGCCUUUCACAUGCUGUCAAUGUGGAAAGGGUUUCACAAAUAAAAAUUACCUUAGAGUACACAUGAGAGUUCAUACUGGAAAGAAGCCCUACACGUGCCAUCAGUGUGGAAAAAGUUUCAGAAGUAAAGAUUAUCUUAGAAUACACAUGAGAUUUCACUCUGGAGAGAAGCCUUACACAUGCCAUCUGUGUGGAAAAAGUUUCACACAAAAACAACAUCUUAAAUUGCACACAAGGAUUCAUACAGGAGAGAAGCCUUACACAUGCCAUCAGUGUGGAAAAAGUUUCACACAAAAACAACAUCUUAAACUGCACACAAGAAUUCACACAAGAGAGAAUUUGUUUUUAAAAAGGCACCAUAAAAUACAUACCAGUGUGGGUGCUCAUAUGUGCUUUGAAUGUGGGGAAACCUUUACUACAGCCAGCGACUUGACAGAUCACCAAAUAAUUCAUACUGGAGAGAAACCAUACAAGUGCUCACACUGUGGAAAGAGUUUCACUCAGUCACAAAGCCUGAAAAAACACGAGAGAAUUCAUACUGGAGAGAAACCUUACAUGUGCCCAUACUGUGAAAAGAGUUUCACCCAGUCAGUAAACCUAAAAAGACACGAGAGAAUCCAUACCAGAGAGAAACCAUACAAGUGCUCACACUGUGAAAAGAGUUUCACUCAGUCAGAUAACCUAAAAAGACAUGAGAGAAUCCAUACUGGAGAGAAACCAUAUAAGUGCUCACACUUUGUAAAGAGUUUCACUAGGUCGCAAGGCUUGAAAACACGUGAGAGAAUUCAUACUGGACAGAAACCAUACAACUGCUCUUCAUGUGGUAGAAGUUUCAAACAAUCAGGGCCUCUACAGAAACAUGUAAAUAGGAAUUGCGCAAGUAGUCAUAGUGAUGUCAAGUAAAUAGUUUGUCAAGAAAAUUCAUGUGGGAUUUGUUUUCUUCAGUGUUAUAAACAUCAGAAAGAGCAAGGAGUGUGCAGAAUAUGCAUUAUGUGUAAGUUCAAAGAGUCGCUCUUAAUAACAAAAUAAGACUACAUUUCACGCAUCACCCGCAGUAACAGUUGAGUCCACUGGGAGUGCUGUGGUUAUGCGUGUUGUUCAGGUCAGUGGUUCCCAACCCUGUACCUGGAGUUCCCCCAACACUACACAUUUUGGAUAUCUCCCUAAACAAACACACCUGAUUCAACUCAUCAGCUCGUUAGUGGAGACUCCAAGACCUGAAUUGGGUGUGUCAGAAAAGGGAGAUAAACAAAAUGUGCAGUGUUGGGGGGCCUCCAGGAACAGGGUCGGGAACCACUGGUUCAGGUGUUGAAUGAGAGAAGAUGUGAUGGCGUCUGUGCUUUAAGGUAAAGCCAAGUCUGGUAAUACUUGUAAUGUUUUGAUUAUUAUUGAAUUAUACUCUAUUGGUAUUCAGUUUUGUCAGAGUCAUCCAAGGUGCAAGUCUGUGCCAAGUCAUCUGGGCUCAGUGAGCAUCGCUUCAUGAGAAAAGUAAACAAAUAUCUCUGAGAAAAUCAGCAUAAGAAGUUAGUAUCUCUAACUGAAGCAACAGACCCCACUGAGUGUAAAUUGCCUCACUGUUGUCCUUCCACAUAUGUUCCCUUCACCCACUCUCCUUCUCAUCAUAGAAUUAUCUCAAACCCACCUAAGAUCUGUAUGUACAAAAAUACCAUAUCUGCUGUAUACAAAGAGUGUAACUAUGCAUGUUUGGUAUCAUUCAAAAGGUCUAAGACUGACUGGUACAUUGGUCUAAUUACCACAGCAGUUGACUUAGUCAUAAGAAAGAUUUUAGGAUUUACAGAAAUUAUGUCUCUGCUGUUGGGGUGUGCCUUCAUGGGGUCUUGAAUUCAAAUUAUUCCCAAACACCUCAAGUAGUAGGGUUCUUUUCAGUUCCAAAUUCCAAUUUAAUUGUCUAUUGUUUCCAUGUGAUGCAGUUAUCCUUCAGGUCUGGAUAUUUAAGGAGAGUUAGCAAAAGCUUCUGGGAGAAAUCUGUAAUUCAGAUCUCCCGCACUGUUACUAUGUGUCGUUCUACUGCCAGGUGUAUUUCUCUGAGUUGUAAUUUAUUAUGUUUAUUCUGAUCAUUUGUAAAUUCGCUUUGAUUGAUUUUCUGAUGUAAAGUUUUAAUCCUAUGUGGCAAAUAAAUUGUUCAUUUUGA